AAGAAAAAUAAUUAGGGGAAGGAAGAAAAAGAAUUCCAUCCCAUCACAAAACUGGAAGUCUGGAAGCCACAUGGUAUGAAGAAUAUGAGGAAAUCUAUACAACUGUAAUCUGCUGUGAUUCUUUCUGGGCUAAAAAAGAAAACAAGAGCUUCUCCCAGCGUUACCCAUCCAAGUUCAACCUUCCCAAUUAUUGAAUAAAUUAAUAGAUAAUACAAAAGAAAAAGUCCAAACUCAGUCCACAUUUUCCUUUUUAUUGCCAGCAACAGCAAGACAAAGCAAGUAGCUUGUUUGUUUUGUGAAUUCAGUUCAUUCAUUACUCAUUGGAUCUGAUCGCUUUGCUUUGGGUGUCGGUGUCGGUGGAACUCAAUAACAUCUGUCGGUCGGCUAUGAGCAUGUACGGCAGGGACCCCUGGGGGGGCCCGCUGGAGAUAAACACGGCUGACUCUGCCACCGACGACGACCGCAGCCGGAACCUACAGGAUCUGGACAGGGCGGCGCUGUCGUCGCGGCCGCUGGACGAGACUCAGCAGAGCUGGCUGCUGGGCCCCUCCGGCGAGCAGAAGAAGAAGAAGUAUGUGGAUCUGGGAUGCAUCAUCGUCAGCCGUAAGAUCUUUGUGUGGACGGUCGGGACGCUACUGGUGUCGGCCUUCCUGGCGGGCUUCAUCACGCUCAUCGUCAAGACUGUGCCGCGUCACCACCACGCCCGCCCUCCCCCCGACAACUACACUUUGGCGCUUCGCAAGUCCCUAAUGUUUUUCAACGCCCAGCGAUCCGGAAAACUCCCAAAGCAUAACAAUGUGUCGUGGAGGGGUAAUUCGUGCUUAAAGGAUGGCAAUGAUCCCUCCACCACUUUCAAAGAUCUUGCCGGUGGCUUUUAUGAUGCCGGAGAUGCCAUCAAGUUCAACUUCCCGGCCUCCUUCGCCAUGACCAUGCUCAGCUGGAGCGUCAUUGAAUACAGUGCUAAGUAUGAAGCUGCUGGGGAACUCUCCCAUGUUAAAGAAAUCAUUAAAUGGGGAUCCGAUUACUUUUUGAAGACCUUCAACCAUUCUGCCGAUUCCAUUGACCGACUUGUUGCCCAGGUUGGGGUAGGAUCUACUGCCGGAGGAAGUACUACUCCUAAUGAUCAUUAUUGCUGGAUGCGUCCUGAGGAUAUUGACUACCAGCGUCCUGUGUCUGAGUGUCAUAGUUGCUCUGAUCUAGCUGCUGAAAUGGCCGCCGCUCUAGCUGCUUCAUCCAUAGUUUUCAAAGAUAACAAGGCAUACUCUCAGAAACUUGUUCAUGGUGCAAAAACACUCUUCAGGUUUUCAAGGGAGCAGAGAGGCAGAUAUAGUGCUGGUGGUAGCACGGAUGCAGCAACCUUCUACAACUCCACCAGUUAUUGGGAUGAGUUCAUAUGGGGUGGAGCUUGGAUGUAUUAUGCUACUGGAAAUUCCUCUUAUCUUCAGCUUGCAACAACUCCGGGUCUUGCUAAACAUGCUGGUGCCUUCUGGGGAGGACCUGAUUAUGGAGUAUUGAGCUGGGACAACAAGCUUGCUGGAGCUCAGGUGCUUCUGAGCCGUUUGAGGUUAUUCUUGAGCCCUGGGUAUCCAUAUGAAGAAAUUUUGAGGACAUUUCACAAUCAGACUAGCAUAAUCAUGUGCUCAUACCUGCCUGUUUUUACAACCUUUAACAGAACAAAAGGAGGCUUGAUCCAGUUGAAUCAUGGAAGGCCACAACCUCUUCAGUAUGUAGUCAAUGCAGCCUUCUUAGCUACAUUGUAUAGUGAUUAUCUUGAUGCUGCUGAUACACCUGGGUGGUAUUGUGGACCCAACUUCUACUCUACUGACGUGUUGCGAGAAUUUGCUAAAACUCAGAUUGAUUACAUCCUUGGCAAAAAUCCUCGAAAAAUGAGUUAUGUCGUGGGCUUUGGUAAUCAUUACCCAAAACAUGUCCACCAUAGAGGCGCAUCUAUUCCAAAGAACAAAAUCAAAUACAAUUGUAAAGGGGGGUGGAAAUGGAGGGACACUCCAAAGGCAAACCCAAACACGAUUGAUGGGGCCAUGGUUGCUGGUCCUGACAAACAUGAUGGUUUCCGUGAUGUUCGUUCUAAUUACAACUACACAGAGCCGACUCUUGCAGGAAAUGCAGGUUUGGUAGCAGCACUCGUUGCUUUGUCGGGAGAAAAAUCUGUUGGAAUUGACAAAAAUACGAUUUUCUCUGCGGUUCCCCCAAUGUUCCCCACUCCACCACCACCUCCGGCACCCUGGAAACCAUGAGAUGCUAAAGCGGUCACUGUUGUUUUAGUAUGCUAAAGCGGUCUUGUCGACAUAAACAGUAACUCAGUAACAUGAAGAUCAAGGGGAUGGGCGCAAGGAAGUACUGGACAGACGUUGAGAGAUUGUUGGGCUGGCCUUCGUCAAGAGGAAUUGAUAAAAAUGUCUAUUUGAUUCAAUUUUGUGAUAUAUACAGUAUAUAUGUGUGAGACAAAUCCUUUAUUUUUUGAAACAUGGAAAGUGAACAGUUUGAAUUUGGUUAA